UUUCAGGUACGUGCCACCGGUAAAAUGUACGCCUGCAAAAAACUUGAAAAGAAGCGCAUCAAAAAGCGGAAAGGCGAAUCGAUGGUGCUGAUAGAGAAGCAAAUCCUGCAGAAAAUUAACUCCCGUUUUGUGGUGAACUUGGCGUACGCUUACGAAACCAAGGACGCUCUUUGUCUGGUCCUGACGAUUAUGAAUGGUGGAGAUCUCAAAUUUCACAUCUACAACAUGGGUGGCGAUCCCGGAUUCGAGAUGAAUCGGGCGCGGUUUUACGCCGCCGAGGUAGUCUGCGGGCUGGAACAUCUACACCAGAUGGGCAUCGUGUACCGGGAUUGCAAGCCGGAAAACAUCCUCCUGGACGACACCGGGCACGUGCGGAUAUCGGACUUGGGGCUGGCGGUGGAAAUUCCCGAGGGUGAAAUGGUCAGGGGGAGGGUUGGUACCGUUGGAUACAUGGCUCCGGAAGUCAUAGACAACGAAAAAUAUGCAUUUUCGCCGGAUUGGUUCAGCUUUGGGUGCUUGCUGUACGAGAUGAUCGAAGGUCAGGCUCCGUUCCGGGCGCGGAAGGAAAAGGUGAAACGAGAGGAGGUCGACCGCCGGGUGAAGGAAGAUGCCGAGAAAUACUCUCACAAAUUUAGUGACGAUGCCAAAAUCCUGUGCCAACAGUUACUCAUGAAGGCCGUCAAGAACCGGCUGGGGUGCCGCAACGGUCGGUACGGUGCCCGGGAGGUCAAACUGAGCGGCUUUUUCAGCAGUAUUAAUUGGAAGCGGCUUGACGCGGGCGUUGUGGAACCGCCAUUUGUACCGGACCCACAUGCGGUCUAUGCCAAAGACGUGCUCGACAUCGAGCAGUUCUCGACGGUCAAGGGGGUGAAUCUGGACGCGACGGAUGAGAAUUUCUACUCGAAAUUCAACACCGGUUCGGUGUCGAUACCGUGGCAGAACGAGAUGAUCGAGACGGAAUGCUUCCGGGAGUUGAACGUGUUCGGGCAGGACGAGUGCCCGACGCCUGACUUGCUCAUCAAUGCGCCGCCGGUGGUGGAGAAGCCCGGUUGCUUUCCGUUCCGAAGGAAGAAAAAGCAAUCCGCCCGCGAAAAGCCCGUUCCUUUCAACGAGAAAUUGCUAUCAUCUAGUCAGACCACGGUUACAGUCAGCUCGUCGCAGAACGAAAGCUGAUAGUGUGAUGGCCUAAGCCAGCCACGUCAACCGCUAGAACGUCAACAACAGCAACAACAACAACAACAGCAACAGCAAAAUGAUGCACCAUCACCAACCAAGAUCUAACUGAACCAAAAAUGUCCCAGUAGCUCUGAAUUUUGUACAUUUACACUAAAAAAAAAGGAGAAGAAAAAGGCGACGCAGCAGCAAAUCUCGAAGCCAUCAUCGCCAUCGGAAGUCACGUUACUUCAAGCAACUCCAAAUCGGCACACAACUCUCACACAAUGUGCAAUGUUGUGCACACAUUUUUAGCAACAAAUUACCAACCAAACAACCAGACGCGCAAAACGGGAAGAAAAAAUCAUACAAUUUCUUUUCGGGGUUUGUACACACGGUACUAGGAGCGCGAACUCUACCGUAGGAAAGGGUGCCACGUGGUCCUGUUCCUCGUUUGUAGGAAGGAACCGUUCAAGCCAACAAUCUUAAUCCGUACAUGCUAGAAAUAGUAGGAAUCAACCACUAGUAAAGAGGUAAAUUUUAGGAAGAAGUUUGUCCUAAAGAAGCUGAACAGUGCGCGCUGAAAGCGCGUAUGCGAGAAGCGCAAAAGAAGAAAUGAAAAUGUGUGCUUGUUGAAGAUUUUUACUUUCGAGUUGUUAUUAGGUUCUUUUUAGUUUCCGUAACAGAAAGAUGCACAAUCAUAAGCACAACGCAGCAGCAGCAAUCAACAACAGUGAUGAUUUGUUAUUUAUUUUAACAGGAGUUUAGAAUGUUUUAACCGUGAAUUUUAGGUUUCCUCUGUACAUAAUCGUUUCUAACGCCUAGGUAAUUUAUGGGCGCUCGCAAGAGAGAAAGAGCCCCUCUUUCGGUUCGUCGAUCCACUUAUCGCGCUCAAAGUGUUUUUAAGUAGCAUUUUUUCUAUGUUUUAAAGCGACGUGAUUUUAAUUUACUAUAUAGUUGAUAGUAUGCAGAAAUGUGUUGGCACACGCGUGCACGUGAUCGAUCGUGAUCCCGCAUAUAAGUAGAAAUGGAAAGCAUAACAAAUUGUAGAUUAUUACAAUGCACAAUGGGGAAAAUAUAUUUGGAAGACAUAUAAUGAAUUUACUUCUACUCGGCGUACAAGGAAUGCUAUGAAACUUUAAAGCUUGAAAGGUAAAAAUUCUAGGAUGUUGAAUGAAGUUAUAUUUUCCAAAUAAUUCUUGAGUAACUCAAGGAAUACUCAACAGAAACUUAAGAGUGAUUAUGAUGCAAGUUCAAAUAUUUCAGAACUUGCUUUAGAAAGCUUCUGACCCACAUUUUUUAAAUGUUUCUGGAGCAUUUUCACAGAUUCAGAAGCUAGUUCAGAAUAAUUUUAAAAAUGUAAGCUUUCACUAGAGUUCCGUUCAAGGGUUUUCCUAGCUUAGACAACAAAUUUAUGUGAUUUUUAUCUAUAUUUUUCCCAUUGCUCAGUGUACCUAAACUAGAAUUAACAAUUAGUAAGUAACAACAACUAGGAAGAAAGCAAGGAGAAAACAAGGAUAUGAAUAACUCAUAGGUGUUUUUGUAAGAUAAAAGAAAACAUUUUCCAAAUCAAGGAAAAUAACCAAGUACAGCAUAAAUAGGCUUUAAAUCUUUCUCCCGUGCCCUCACCUGCACCACCCACCACCCACCACCGGAUCCGGUCGUGACACGGGGUGUGACGACGAGCUAUGGGAUGUGAUAGCAAGCAAAAUGUGUGUAGUAGUAGCUCACAGUUUUUAUUUCUCGCGAGAAUAGUGUGUUUUAUAUACCGAUUACGAGAGAAACCAAGUGCAAGACGAAGUAGACGAAUGUGUCCAGUUUGUAGAGGACUUCGAUGAUUCCGUUGUUAACGAUAAAAAAAAAUGCAAAGGAGCAGUUCCCGAUAAAAUACCCGCGUAACUAGGCACAAAAACAAGUCAACUUAUAACGUGUAGAAGAAGAAAGCCAAAAGAAUAGCGUGACUCGAAAACUCAAAUCAUACUCAUUUGAAUCGCAAGCGCACGCCAGAUGAGAUUAGUAACGAAGCAGCACAAAAACCUUUUUCGCUUAUAUCACACAUACACUUACAUCUUUAGAUUGAAAACAAAAAAAAAACACUAGCACAAAUACUGCACACGCACAUAACUCUUACCAUAACCUACAAACUUUCAUGAGGCGAUUUUCACCCGUUCAAUACUUGGUGCACAGUGACCUGCUCAAUAGGAAGAACGAAAACUUAAGAUCAAUUCAUUGGAAUGGUAUCAGUGCAUUCAGUGAAUCAACGGAGUAAUCAUACGGGUUUUGCAAAGAAACUGUGAUUUUGACAGACUUUAGCAUCGGAAGAGGUCAUUUGUACACCCUCGUUUCCUCUCGUAAAUCCAUCGCUAUGGCUCCUUGAUUGUCUUGUCUUUAUAUAGCGGUAUCGGAUGCAUCAGGACAUCCGGUUGAAGAUCGGUUAUCAAACCAGCCAACCAUAUCAUUUCACUCAUGCACUCAUAACAACGAACUUGGCUUUGGGAGAAGACAUUGUCACUGUAGACUGCUUUUCCGAAGGUUAGGCAACCGUGUUUCUUGGAAUCCUAAGCACUCAACAGAAAGCUAGAGACGCACAUGCGAUCGGAUUCGUCACUUGCGAAGUCUGCGUCCGUAUAAGCAGCAACCAUCUGAUCUCUUGGAUGUCUUCGGUAGACUAACUCCAUGUUAUCGUUGCUUGUCAACAUACAGGCAAUAGCUGUACCUUAAUCGCGUAAGUCCCAAGGUUGUCAUGAUCUUGUUCAGGUGGCAGCUCCAUCACCCAGGUGACAACAUCUGCCCAUGAAGCGCUCGAAGUAGCAGGCACACUUCUGAACAGGCUCUGAACCCCUCUGGACACUGACUUCGUGUGACACGCUACGGUACACACUUGCAACCCUCAGGCACAUCAGUCUAUAAGUACUUUCCAGCUUACCACAGUAACUUUCUGAACUUAGUGCCGUGUCCCACGCUGGGAUUCCAUACCUUAGUAUGGACGUAGCGACACUAUCCAGAAGCUUGCGCUUACUGGCAUACACCGCAGAGUUAUUGGACAUCAUCCGGGACAGUGUCACUGUAGCUAUGGAGGCUCUAAUCAUACCCAAGUGUGUGACGGAACGCUUCGAAGAGAUAGUGCAAUCGCCUAUACUGGGCACCGGUUACUGUCCCGACUUUCGGUUCUUCACAACCAUCACUUCAGUUUUGUGGUGAGCCACCUGCAGUUUCCUGGAUCUCAUCCACGCCUCCACAACCUUGACCAAGUGAGCAGUAGUCAACUCCACUUCCUCGAUCGACUCACCGUAAACAUCCAGCGUAAUGUCUUCAGCGAAGCCAACGAUCUCCACCUCCACCGAGAACUCUCACCUCAACACCUUGUCGUAUAUGGCAUUCCAUAACACCGGACCCAGGAUGGAACCUUGUGGGACUGCUGAGGUUAUAUGAAAACAUUUCCGACCCCGAUUCUGGAAGUAUCUUCUGAAUAUCUUGUACAGGUACCAAGGUAUCCCUAGACGCAGGAGCGAAUCGCCCUUCUCUUACGGUGGAGCGUUAUCUGGGCGGUUUUGUUACCGACAGGAUAGCGUCUACGGUCGUCCUCCCCUUUCCGGAAGCCAAAUUUGGCUGCUCGAGAAACCAUUUACAUCCUCGGUGUGCCUCAACAUUCUAUCGAAGAUGAUCUUUUCGAGCACUCUCCGCUGUGUCGAUCAAGCAUACUGGUCUAUAAGCCGACGGGUGGUUUCCCCGCCUUUGGCAAUAGAACCAGACUCUGUCUCUUCCGAACUUCUGGAAAAACUCCCUCGUUCAAGUAUUUCUGCCUAGCAGACCUUGGGAGCCUGCAAUAGCUACUUUUAAGGCCAAGUUCGGAACUCCGUCCGGACCUGGGGCCUUACCUACGCUAAGGGACUUUGCUGUAUCCGCAAGUUUCACAUCGGUGGCCCUCUCCUCAACGCCAGAUCCAAUUUCCGGCUGCUCUGCGAAAGGAGGCCAAGGACUAGGAUCAUGACGCGGAAAAAGCCACUCGAUGACUCCCUCAAACCUCUCUGGAGAUCUCUGUAGAAGCCAUUACAACUCUCGUCUUGGCCAUCUUGAUCCUGUGGGCAUCACCCCACGGAUUUGCAUUGGCGCUCUGACAAAGAACCUUCAAGCAGGACUUCUUGCUUGUCCUUAUCUUGAUCUUCAGCGUGGCUUUUGCAGCGGCGAACACCACCCGUCCUUCGUAGGUAGGCACGGCACAGGUCCGCAAUCGCUUGAGUUCAGCAGUAAGCCGAUGGUCUCCCCUUCCUAGGGUGAACUCGUCUAGGCAUGGUCGCAUCGCACCGCUACCAGCUCGUCGCCGCUUUAACCAAGUAGGUUUCGCUCACGGCGGAGCGCCUCCCUAACCCUUCGUCGAAGUAUGAUGUCAUCCACCUUCGAGGGCUUGGCCUUGCACUAGCCGCCUCUUCCUCUACCCGCUGCUUGUUGUUGUUGUAGUCGAUACUGUAGCGAACCGCCAGGUUAUCGCUGUAAGUGUUGCUAUUGGCUACUCUCAGUUCGAACUACUUGUUGAUCCAGGACUACAAAAAGUAACGUCAGUAAUCGACUACGCACCGUUCCGACUAAAAGUACUCUUAGUACCGUCAUUAGCCAAGUCGACAUCUAAGAUGGCCAGUGUCUAGCAGGAUCUGACCCCGCUGGUUCGGCGUCUCCAUUCCACGGCCCAGGCAUUAAAGUCACCCGUUAUUUCCCCGGCCGUCGCCCUGUUAGCACGUUCGUUAUGCGGUCCAGCAUUUGCGUGAACUGCUCGAUCGGCCAUCGCGGAGGCGCAUAGCAGCUGCAGAAGAAGACCCCGUUUGCUUUGGCAACCACGGGGCUUUCAUAGGUAGUAGACACCAACUCCUGGACGGGGUAUUUACCCGUCGUCCAUAUCACCGUUAUUUUUCUAGAUCCAUCCGCGACCCAAUUGCCGUUGCCGGCGGGUCGCUAUGAUGGCGAUAUCCGUCUCCAACUCAGAAACCGCCUGACGAAGCAGUUACUGAGCCGCGUCACAGUGGUUCAGGUUCAGCAGCGUUACCUGCACUGUGAUUUGUUCGCUGCGGCUUUCUUGAAGGCCGGGCACCUUGGACCACCCGUCGGAUGUCUGUUGUUCACGGAUUUCCCGGUACAGAUCAUACAGAUGGAUGGACUCGUGCAGCUUUGGGCCUUAUGACCUUCAGCGCCGCAUCGCCUACACAGUUUGCGCCUGUCAGGGCCUUUACAGUCCCACGACUUGUGUCCUGGUUCCAGACACCUAAAGCAAACUUCUGGUGGCUCAUGGAAUGUCAGGUGACAUACCCACCAGCACACCUUUAUUCGCCCUACUUUAGCGGACUUUUUAACGUUCGCCACAGGGUGCUGAAAUAAAGUUAUCUGUGUCCCUGCUGGCCCCUUCCGUAGUCUAAUGGCUUCGGCGGCCACCUACACAUUGCACUGUUGCCGCAAGGCCGUGACGAGCUCUUCCUCUUCGGUGAUCUCGUCUAUGUCUUUGACCUUCAGAGUCGCCUCAGCUUCAGCUUCAGGAUCAUUUCACCUGUACGAGUACGUCUAAUACUGUGUACGUCGACUCCCAGACCCUCAAGCUUGGCGUCGCUUCGCAUGCCCUUCAAGACGUCCAAGUACUUGGAUUGUUCCGUCUUGAUGACGAGCGCGUCGCCUUUCUCGUGCUUGACACGUAUCCUUCUGCGCCUAGACUUGGCGUCCUGCACUUCUACCGGCGGAUUCGCCUUCCUCUUCGUCCGCUCUUCCUUAGUCCAAGAAGGGUCUUCCUCUUGGUUCGCCCUACUCUGCGGCUGCUGAGGGCCCACCGACGGUCGCAACCCCUUGUUCCCAUCGUUCCGGCACGGGCCAGCCUUUACAGGCCUACCCUUCCCAGCUUUCCAGGAACCCUGGCUGGGGUCCGACUUUCCAACAAUGUUGCCGACCUUCGGGGUAAUUAUACGCCUGGCUUUGCGGGCACCGCCAGACAGCUCCUCACCUGACGGUUGCCUCGCCCGCUUCUGCGAGUGCUUGACACGCUUGUCACGAGCAUUCGCAUCCACUUUUCUCGAACUGCCUGCGAAGGAGAAGGCCUCCGAUUGGGUAAACUUUGGCACUUUCUCCUUCACAGGUUCUGCUGCUGCAGCAGUCAUCAUCGCGAGUACCGCGUGCUCGUUCUUGGCCUCAUCAAUCGACACCCGAAGUCGAUACAAGGCCGUUUUCAGGUCCUUGCUUGUAUUCGACUUGGUGGACGCAAAAUCGAUGAUUUUGCCAAGCUGCUGCCCAGCCACCUCUAUUGCGGGCCGUCCUUUGUUCUCUUGGCUGACGGCCCUUAGCAGCCACGCUCCGUCCAUUAUCUCCACCGGCUGGCUUGCCGUGGAGUGGACUGGAGCUCCCACGCUUUAAGCUGCGUACGCAGCAACUCACGCCUACCUUCCUCGCUUCUCCUUGUCGGAGACGUCACAACCCGCUCAUUCGAUUCACACCUUGAAUUGGGGUUAGUAGUCCUAUUCUUAGCCGGCGGCUGAUUCGCAAGCGGGGGGGUUGGGUUCGUCAGGCCCCAGGACUAUAGUCCCUGCUGUCCCACUGUCCUCUUGCCUAGAACCACAGUAAGUGCACUUUGGUUCGGGGUCCUCUCCAAUCGAUUGGCAGGACGCUCCAGGAACAUGCAACAACGGGAUUCCUUGUGGUAGUUUGAGGUUCCGUGUCUUCGUCGGUCGGUAUCGUUGUUAUUCGAUCGACAACUAUGCUGCAAAGGGCCUUGAUUUUGCGGAAGUCUUCCAUUGUAUCGGAUCGCUUCUGCAUCAGGGUGCACCAGGUACAGUUGAUUCCGGGGAUUUCCUUCUUGAAUUCGUCCGAUGGGGUAAACUUGCAUCGACUUCAGUUUCGUGGGCUUCAGUUUAUCCAUGACAACCGCUGGUGUCUAGUCCGGAAUUCCGUGGAUAAGAAUCUGCCUUGAUAUCUUGUUGGCUACUUACCUUACCGAUCAGGCUAAGGCCGGGGUGGCCUCUGCUAUACAUACGCGGUAAGAGACGGCUACCCGGCUCCAUUCCACUCGGUCCAUGGCUGUUUGCCACCAGUUCCGCACUCUGCGUAGGGUCCGCAGAUCGUCCUCCACUUGGUCGACCCACCUAGCUCGCUGCGCACCACGUCUUCUUGUACCGGUCGGAUGACUCUCGAGAACCAUUUUAGUCGGGUUGCUAUCUGACAUUCUGAUGACGUGACCCGCCCACCGUAGUCUCCCGAUUUUCGCGGUAUGGACGAUGGUUGGUUCUCUCAGCAGCUGAUGCAGCUCGUGGUUCAUUCGCCUACUCCAAGUUCCGUCUUCCAUCUGCACUCCGCCGUAGCUGGUACGCAACACCUUCCGUUCGAAAACUCCAAGGGCGCGUUGGUCCUCUGCACGUAGGGUCCAUGUUUCGUGCCCAUAGAGGACUACCGGUCCAAUCAGCGUUUUGUAGAUAGUUUGCUUCGUGUUACGGCGAACUUUAUUCGAUCGUAGAGCUCUGCGGAUUCCAAAGUAAGCACGAUUUCCUGCCACAAUGCGCCUCUGAAUUUCUCUGCUGUUGCCGUUGUCGGCGAUCACCGGGGUGGCGGGCGCGGGGAUUCCUCCAAGGAGCCCUUUGCCACCAUGAACUUUGUCCUUGACACAUUAAUGACUAAUCCGAUUCGCCUAGCCUCACUCUUUAGUCAGAUGUACGUUACCGCCAUCGUCUCAAAUUUGCGAGCUAUAACAUCAAUAUCAUCAGCGCAACCAAGCAGCUGAACAGACUUCGUGAAAAUCGUCCCACUCGUGUUUAUCCCCGCUCUCCUUAUUACACCUUUUAAAGCAAUGUUAAACAGAAAGCACGAAAGACCAUCACAUUGCCGUAACCCUCUGCGAGAUUCGAAGGGACUCGAGGUGUCCCUGAUACUCGAACUACGCAUAUCACUCGAUCCAUCAUCGCCUUGAUCAAUCGUAUCAGUUUAUCUGGGAAUCCGUAUUCGUCCAUAAUCCGCCACCAUAGCUGGUCUCGAUCGAUUGUAUCAUACGCCGAUUUACAAUCGAUGAACAAGUGAUGUGUGGGCACGUUGUAUGCACGACAUUUCUGCAACACCUGACGGAUGGCGAACAUCUGAUCCGUUGUAGCGCGUUCACCCAUGAACCCAGCCUGAUAUUGCCCCACAAGCUCUCUUGCAAUCGGUGAUAAACGGCGGCAUACAAUUUGAGAGAGUACCGUGUAGGCAGCGCUCAGAAGUGUAAUCGUGCGAUAGUUCCUGCAAUCCAACUUGUCGCCCUUUUUGUAGAUGGGACACACGAUACCUUCCAUCCACUGCUCCGGUAAUACUUCCUCCUCCCAAAUCUUGGUAAUGACCCAGUGUAGUGCUCUCACCAGUGCUUCUCCACCGUAUUUUAGAAGCUCGCUUGGUAGUCGAUCAGCUCCAGCGGCUUUGUUGUUUUUCAACCAGCCAACCUCCUCCUCAAUCUCUUGGAGGUCAGGGGCCGGAAGUCUUUCGUCCUGUGCACAUACUCCUAGAUCUGUUACCACGCCACCUUCGGUACUUGCAACGUCGCCAUUGAGGUGCUCAUCGUAAUGCUGCCGCCACCUCUCGACCACCUCACGCUCGCUCGUGAGAAUAUUCCCGUGAUUAUCUCGGCACAUGUCGGAUUGUGGCACAAAGCCUCUGCGCGAGCGGUUCAGCUUUUCAUAGAACUUUCGUGUGUCCUUAGCGCGAUACAGCUCUUCCAUCGCUUCGCGAUCUCGUUCUUCCUGCUGGCACUUCUUCAUCCAGAAGACUGAGUUCUGCCUGUUCCGCGCCUGUUUGUAACGUGCCUCAUUCGCUCUCGUACGGUGUUGCAGCAUUCUCGCCCAUGCUGCAUUCUUCUCGUCUUUCAACUGAUCACACUCGCCAUCGUAUCAGUCGUUUCUGUGAUUCAGAGUCGCGAAGCCUAGUGCUGUAGCCGAGGUACUUAUGGCGGACCGGAUAUCCCUUCAGCCAUCUUCAAGUGUAGUUGCGACAAGCUGCUAACUGCUAACUGCUAACUGCUGCGCGUAGUCUUGAGCCACUUCUACGUUACGCAGCUGCUCGAUGUUGAGCCCCGGCGUUCGACUUCGACGCGUAGUGAUAACUGUAGAAAGUUUUGAGCGCAUGCAUACAGCGACUAAGUAGUGAUCCGAAUCUAUAUUCGCACUGCGGUAUGUGUGGACAUUGGUUAUAUCCGAGAAGAAUUUACCGGUCGAUUAUAACGUGGUCGAUUUGUUUUUCUGUUUGAUGGUCGGGUCACCCUCAGCAUGGUCUUGCUGAAUCUCCGUGUGUAUACCGCUUCUGCUAUAUGCCACCCCCUUAAAGUUUGUCAUUAAAGUUGUCCAAAAUUAUUCAUUCUAAAUAAAUAUUGUUUGGAACUAUAAAACAUUAUCAACUAUUGCAUAACCCGAGAGAUUACUGCUUUGAUUCGCUCUACCUUACAACCAUCGAUAUUGGUCACUUCACAAUGGAAAUUGAAAGAUCGUCAGAUUGUUCCUACAUAUGUUUCCAAACACACCUCAACCGAAAUCCAUUCACGUUUCGAUCAGUAACCAACACCUUAGGAAAGAUUUUAGCAUGCCGGACAUUUUGAUGUAAUGCCAUGAAAUAUCGGUGCUGAUAGAAGAGGAACUAGCCAAGGCUAAAACUGUUAUAAUGAAAUGGUAACGAUAAGGAGCAUCCAAUCAGCUCGAAAGAAACAAUGCAAAUCAUACCAAGAGCACGGACAUAUGUGCUCAUUCUGCGAAUGGAGUGACGUGAGAAAAGUCGGAGUCGUAUAUCGAGGUGAGAAAUCUCGACUCGAAUGAGGUGACUCUCCAUUUGAUUUACACGGCGAGUCACUUCAUUCGAGACGGUAUUCCUCAUCUCGAUAUACGACUCCGACUUUUCUCACGUCACUCCAUUCGCAGAAUGAGCACAAUAAUGGAAUCUCAAAGUGAGUCCUUUUUCGAAAUCAGUGUGUGUUAAAUUUGCUAGAAAACAACAAGAAAAAAGUAUGUAAUAUAGAUAAGAAAAAAACACAUUCACCUGGAUAAUCAUUACUAAUUAGACGGGCACAUCGAAGAAGGAAGAAUGUGCGAUCCCUGGAAACCAAUUCUACACAUUUUGAAACGAGAGAGAGACUACUAGGAACUGGGAAAAUCUUCAAACAGUAUUAGUAGACAGUGUUUAUUCAUUUUGAAAUCCUUCUAGAAUGUACCAAAAGUUACGAACGCGGAAGAGAAAUACAAAUCAAAUCUACUGACAAUGAUAUAGUUACCAAAAAAACGGCACAAAAAAAAAUGGAAGAGGCAAGCUCAAAUCGUCACUAUUGUCGAGCGUGUUACGGCUCGUAUGAAAAUAGCGACGUACUAGAACAGUAAUCAAUAAUGUGAUGGAAAGUGACAGUUUAAUCCGUGAUGCAAACCAUCGCCGCUGAGCGGAUAAAGCCAAAAAUGUUUCACCAAUUCACACCAAUAGGCGCUGCUUCCAUCGGUUUACAUAUUUAUUCCUACUCAACGAUGAAGAAACGGCGCUAGUAGAGAACAAGGCAUGCAUCAUCAAACAUUGGAGUGUGUUUCAUUAAAAACACAAUCUUCGUCUUCAUUCAGACUUAGAAUGAGUACCCAGUGAAGCAAUUCUCAAUUUGUUUUGGUGCACAUUAGUCUUUCACAAUCGUCGCAAAAACCUUUUGCCCAACCGAACGAACGAUGCCAAAAACUAAAAAAAUCGCUGAAGAAAAAGGCCAUCACACUACUGUAUUGUCAAUAGGAUAACAAUUGCCAAUUAAUACAAUCUCGACACCGGAUAGGUUUCAAGCAUCAAGCAAAUACCAACCUAUACAGAUACCUACCAUUCGACUACCUAUUUCGUUUGCACCUGUUGUGAUUCAUUUUCUUUCUGCCCUAUCUAAAAAAAAAAUAUCUCAAUCUUUCGAACCUAACGUAAACACUACUGUUCGAGAGGGAAAACCCCAUUGACUCAAGUAUAAACUGAUCAGCAGCUACUACAACAACAACAACCCAGAUCUUACUUCGAAUAACACUAACUUAUAUGGAAACUAUAUUAUUCAAAACAGCAAAAAAAAACGAAAAGAAAAACUUUCGAGAAAAUUUAACCCAAAAACCCGAAACCCGUGGACGGACGAAAGUUGAAAGAAAAUCAACAAAAUACAAAUGAUAUGUAAAUUUAAGGUACGACCCCCACACUAGUAAAAUGUAACAACUGAAGUAAAAAUACAAAUAAGACAUAUUAGUAAAA